AGCUGCACUUAACCCAGCCUCCAGAUUACUCGUAGGAUAUGGGUAAUACUGCUGACAGCGAAUGAAUUAAUUGACAGUGGAAGGGAUUAAUGCUUCAUCAAGGGAUAUUUGUACUUUUCUCUUGGGAAUUCCAUCAUCAUGCGAAAUUUGAAGUUACUUCGUACCCUGGAGUUCAGGGAUAUUCAAGCUCCAGGGAAACCUCAGUGCUUCACUCUCCGAACUGAACAGGGGACAGUACUCAUUGGCUCAGAACAUGGACUGAUAGAAGUAGACCCUAUCACAAGAGAAGUGAAAAAUGAAAUUCCUUUGGUGGCAGAAGGCUUUCUCCCAGAGGAUGGGAGUGGCUGCAUUGUUGGUAUUCAGGACUUGCUGGAUCAGGAGUCUGUGUGUGUGGCCACAGCCUCUGGAGAUGUCAUACUGUGCAGUCUCAGCACACACCAGCUGGAAUGUGUUGGGAGUGUAGCCAGUGGUAUCUCUGUCAUGAGUUGGAGUCCUGACCAAGAGCUGGUGCUUCUUGCCACAGGUCAACACACCUUGAUUAUGAUGACAAAAGACUUUGAACCAAUCAUGGAGCAGCAAAUCCACCAGGACGAUUUUGGUGAAAGCAAGUUCAUCACUGUUGGAUGGGGUAAGAAGGAGACACAGUUCCAUGGAUCAGAGGGCAGGCAAGCAGCCUUUCAGAUGCAAAUGCAUGAGUCAGCUUUGCCCUGGGAUGACCAUCGACCACAAGUUACUUGGCGUGGGGAUGGGCAAUUUUUUGCUGUGAGUGUUGUUUGCCCAGAAACAGGGGCUCGGAAGGUCAGAGUUUGGAACCGAGAGUUUGCUUUGCAAUCAACCAGUGAGCCUGUGGCAGGACUGGGACCAGCCCUGGCUUGGAAACCCUCAGGCAGUUUGAUUGCAUCUACACAAGAUAAACCCAACCAGCAAGAUGUUGUGUUUUUUGAGAAAAAUGGACUUCUUCAUGGAUACUUUACACUUCCCUUCCUCAAAGAUGAGGUUAAGGUAAAUGACUUGCUCUGGAAUGCAGAUUCCUCUGUGCUUGCAGUUUGGCUGGAAGACCUUCAGAGGGAAGAAAAUUCUACUCUGAAAACCUAUGUUCAGCUCUGGACUGUUGGAAACUAUCACUGGUAUCUCAAGCAAAGUCUGCCCUUCAGCACCUGUGGGAAGAGCAAGAUUGUGUCUCUGAUGUGGGACCCAGUGACCCCAUACCGGCUGCAUAUUCUCUGCCAGGGCUGGCAUUACCUCUGCUGUGAAUGGCACUGGACGACUGAUCGAAGCUCAGGAGAUAAUUCGAGUGACUUGUCAAAUGUGGCAGUCAUUGAUGGAAACAGGGUGUUAGUGACAGUCUUCCGACAAACUGUGAUUCCACCUCCCAUGUGCACAUACCACCUGCUGCUCCCACACCCUGUGAAUCAAGUCACAUUCUCUGAGCACCCUAAAAAGAGUAAUGACCUUGCUGUCCUAGAUGCCAGUAACCAGAUUUCUGUUUAUAAAUGCGGUGAUGGUUCAAGUGUGGACCCUACGGUGAAACUGGGAGCUGUGAGUGGAAAUGGAUUUAAAGUUUCCCUUAGAACACCUUAUCUGGAAAAGAGAUACAAAAUUCAGUUUGAGAAUUGUGAAGAUCAAGAGGUAAACCCAAUGAAAUUCAGCCUUCUCACCUGGAUUCAAGAAGAUGUCUUCCUGGCCAUAAGUCACAGUGAAUCCAGCUCACAGUCUGUCAUUCAUCAUUUGACUGUGGAUCCUUCUGAGACAGAUGGAGAACAAGGAGAGCUCAAUGUCAGUUCAUCUGUGAUGGUGGAUGGGGUCGUAAUUAGUCUGUGUUGCAAUUCUAAGACCAAGUCCGUGGCUUUACAGCUGACUGACGGCCAGAUACUUAAGUAUCUUUGGGAAUCACCUUCUCUGACUGCUAAACCAUGGAAGAACUCUGCUGGAUUUCCCGUUCAGUUUCCUUAUCCAUGCACACAGACUGAAUUGGCCAUGAUUGGAGGAGAGGAAUGUGUCCUUGGUUUGACUGACAGGUGUCGCUUUUUCAUCAAUGACACUGAGGUCGCAUCAAAUAUCACAUCAUUUACAGUAUAUGAUGAGUUUUUAUUGUUGACAACCCAUUCCCAUACCUGCCAGUGUUUUUGCCUGAGAGAUGUUUCAUUUAAAACAUUACAGGCAGGUCUGAGCAGCAAUCAUGUGUCCAAUGGGGAAAUUCUACGGAAGGUGGAAAGGGGUUCACGGAUUGUCACUGUUGUGCCUCAGGACACAAAGCUUAUAUUACAGAUGCCAAGAGGAAAUGUAGAAGUUGUUCAUCAUCGAGCCCUGGUUUUAGCUCAGAUUCGGAAGUGGCUGGACAAACUUAUGUUUAAAGAAGCAUUUGAAUGCAUGAGAAAACUGAGAAUUAAUCUCAAUCUGAUUUAUGAUCAUAACCCUAAGGUGUUUCUUGCAAAUGUGGAAACUUUCAUUAGACAGCUAGAUUCUGUAAAUCAUAUCAAUUUGUUUUUCACAGAAUUGAAGGAAGAAGAUAUCACACAGACCAUGUACCCUCCACCAGUUACCAGCAAUGUCCAGCUGUCCAGGGAUCCUGAUGAGAAAAAACUAGACCUUGUCUGUGAUGCUAUGAGAGCAGCCAUGGAGAGCAUAAAUCCUCACAAGUACUGCCUGUCAAUACUCACAUCUCACGUGAAGAAAACAACCCCAGAACUGGACAUUGUGCUGCAGAAGGUACACGAGCUUCAAGGAAAUUCUUCAUCUGUUCCUGAUGCUGUGAGUGCUGAAGAAGCUCUGAAAUAUUUGCUGCUUCUGGUAGAUGUUAACGAAUUGUAUGAUCAUUCUCUUGGGACCUAUGACUUUGAUUUGGUCCUCAUGGUAGCUGAGAAGUCACAGAAGGAUCCCAAAGAAUACCUUCCAUUUCUUAAUACACUUAAGAAAAUGGAAACUAAUUAUCAGCGGUUUACUAUAGACAAAUAUUUGAAACGAUAUGAAAAAGCUAUUGGGCACCUCAGCAAAUGUGGAUCUGAGUACUUCCCAGAAUGCUUAAACUUAAUCAAAGAUAAAAACUUGUAUAAUGAAGCUUUGAAGUUAUAUCCACCAAACUCACAGCAGUACAAGGAUAUCAGCAUUGCUUAUGGGGAACACCUGAUGCAAGAACACAUGUAUGAGCCAGCAGGGCUUGUGUUUGCCCGCUGCGGUGCCCAUGACAAAGCUCUCUCAGCCUUUCUGACUUGUGGCAGCUGGAAACAAGCCCUCUGUGUGGCAGCCCAGCUUAACUUGACCAAAGACCAGCUGGCAGGCCUCAGCAGAACUCUGGCAGAAAAACUGGUUGAGCAGAGGAAGCACAUUGAUGCAGCCAUGGUUUUGGAACAGUACGCCCAGGUAAACUCCGUUCCUAAACCACAGUCAACAAGAAAGGACUUCUUGGUUGUACCUUACUGA